UUCGUGUAAAAAUGACAGAUGAGUUUAGUUUUGACAGAAAAGUGACCAAGUCAGAAUCAAUCGUGUCUACGUUCGUGUCAAAAACUCAGAAUAGCCUUUCUUAUUUUGGGAAUGAAAUAAUUAGUAGCCUUUAACAGUUUUAUUGACUUAAGUACAAAACAAACUUUACAAAAUAAUAUGAGUCUUGAAGAUUUUACCUGAUGAUUUUGAACAUAUAAGAAAUAAUAUCAACACUAACAACCAGUGUUUAUUUUGACUCAAAUAGUUGUAUAAUUCUAAGUUCCUUGCUUAAACAAAAAAUUACGUGUUACUUAAAAUGAAUGACAAUUAUACACACGUAGACACAGAUGUGUUUUAUAUCACAGAAAAUAUAAUCGGGCCAUUUGAAGAUAGUGAUGAAUAUGAGCAAUUACUUAAUAAUUUUAAUUCUUUGCUGAAAGAAUCUUGCAAUUGCAAUGGGAUUUGUUCUUUAUCAUGUCAAUGCCUUCAGUCAUCUGGUGGGCAAAACUAUCUUACAUACUGUUCAGAUGGACAGAAAAAGUUCAAAUUAAUUCCUAAAACAAAUUCCUGUAUCAUUGAGUGCAAUGACAAUUGUUCCUGUUCUGUAGUCUGCAGUAAUAGGGUUGUACAGACUGGCCCAGCUGUGAGCUUGGAAAUCAGAAGUUGUGAUAAAGGGUAUGGUUUGUUCACCACAACUUUUAUUCCUUCCGGAACAUUUAUAUGUGAAUAUGCGGGUGAACUUAUAACUACUAAACAAGCUACUGUGAGGCAUCAAAAUAAUAAGACUUUAGGAAAGAGUAAUUAUAUAUUUUGUCUAAGAGAACUGUCCAGUGAAAGGCAGCCUAUUGUAACAAUUGUGGACCCUGCUGUCUUUGGCAAUGUAGGCAGAUAUAUCAAUCAUAGCUGUGAGCCUAACUGUAUAGUUACACCAGUGAGAUGUGGGAGCCCGAUUCCCAAAUUAGCGAUAUUUUCUAGUAAUGAUAUUGAAGCUAAUGAAGAAAUAACAUUUAAUUAUGGUAUAAAUGAUGAAGUUAACAAACAGAAUUCAAUUGACCGGACUAAGUGUUUGUGUAAAAGUAAAAAUUGUAUUGGUUUUAUGCCUUUUCAUAGUUACUGACCAGAGUAAACUGUGAUAUAAUGUAUUAUAUGCGAGUGUCUUAUAUAUGAAAUGUAAAUAUUGUGUAAAUAAAGAAUAACAAGUUUUCAUUUUUUUAUUAUACUUAAGAACCCUUUCCAUUUGCUUGUCUGUCUGUUUGUGACAUGUCCCUACCUAGCGAUUGACCAUGCCCAGUGUUUUAACGAAUACAUUAAAUAAUUGGAUCCAUAUUAAAUUUGUUCUAUCGAUAUAUCUAUAAUACAUAAUUUGUUCCGUUUUAGUUUUUAUAAAAAAUGACUUCUUCUGUAAGAGUUAGCCGGCGAUGUACUCUUAAAUUACGCACUUUAAAUAAACAAAAUGUAUAUAGGCAAUUAGUUCCACAUUAACUCUAAUUACUCAUCUACUUUUUACUUAUAAAAUUCAUUAGUUUAAGUGAAAAAAAUACAAUACAAACAUGUAAACCUAGCU